AUGUUAGAGUUAUCACUGAUUGUGAUUUUGGUAGAUCUCGAGGUUUUGGUUUUUCAUGAUUCACUGUUUCUAUUUGAACGGAAGGUAUUUCAGAAAAGAUGCGACAUAACUGCAGGAAGAAAAGUAGGAUCGAAAGUUAUUUUUGCGGUUGGUGUGACGAAGAAGAAUGGAAAUCACCCAUACGCAACAGCAACACCAGUUGAAGAAACCCAAAAGAAACAACCCACAAAUUCUUGACUUUGCGUUAAAAACAACUGGCCUGAGUUCACCAACUUCAACAACUCCAUGGAUCCUGAUGUUAUCGCCAUACAGGAAGUAAGAAUGUCCAAAAGGCACUCCUAAUAACCUAAGAGAAUUGAAGGACGAUAACAAUUCUUCACAAGAAGAAAAACAGGUCACCAUGUUCACGAAGAAACCUAUAGAUUGGAGGUUUGGCUGCAUAAUUUUAUAAUCAAUCCAUUUUUUUGUUAUAUCCCAGUCAAUUUUUUAAAUUUAAUGUUGUUUGCUACUUUCAAUUAUUGAAAUUUAAUGUUAUAUUUCAGUCAAUUUUUGCUAUAUCCCAU